AUGACAUCAGUGGGCGUCAAUCAGGGUCGUCUGCUCUCUCCCAUCCUGUUAAACAUUUUCAUUGAGACCUGUAUAUCGAUCGGAAGAAGAAUCAUCUCUAACUUGAGAUUCGCCGAUUACAAUAACCUCAUGGGUGGCACAGGUAUUAACUUAAAGAUAUCACCAACAGACUAUUUUAAAGAGCAGGAGCAUACCGGAUGUAGGUCAGCACGGUUAAGUCGAAACAGCACGACCAACACCAGUGCAGACAUCAACAUGAAUGGCGAGAAGCUAGAAGUAUUGACCACCUUCAUUUAUGUGGGCGCAACUCUGUCCAAUGAUGGUACCAGUACCGCUGAGGUCCAAAUCAGAAUUGCCUUGGAGACCGAGUCGAUGACCAUUCUGAGCAGACUGAGCAGGCUGUUGACAAGCAUUUUAAUCAGCUUCGCAACCAAGCACAUGCUCUUCAAGUCCCUCGAAGUCUCCAGUCUACUCUAUGGCUGCGAGACCUUGACCCUUCACGCGGACACAGAACAACAUACAGACAUUUUAAAAUAA